CCGCGAUCAACUGAUGUUCAAAGUUGCGGAUAUCUCGAGAUUCGCACGUGCGUUGGAUCUGAUCGGAAAACAGCGGUCCUGAUCGAGCCUCGGCUUAACCCACCCUGCACCAGCCGAGCCACGCGACUUCCGACAUCAUACCUUCUUGCUGGCGAGAACUUCUAAGCUCCACUGCUCUGCUUCAGUUUGUGCGAAUUUGGAUACCAUGGCUACGAUUGCUCGAGCUCUGCGACCACUUGCCCGGUCUGCCGCUGUAUGUUCCCGCCAGGUGCGACCUGCUUUGGCCAGGUCCGCCCCGCAGCAAAUACGAUGCCUCUCAGCGACCGCCCCGCGACGUGAAGCCGACCUCUCUGAUAUCCCGCCGACACCUAUCACGCAUCUGUCCGAGACCGAAACGUUGAUGGCCGACUCGGUGUCCAAGUUCGCUCAGGAAGCCAUUCUCCCAAAGGUUCGCGAAAUGGAUGAGGCAGAGGAGAUGGAUCCCACUGUUGUGGAGCAGCUGUUCGAGCAGGGUCUUAUGGGCAUUGAGAUUCCAGAGGAUUUUGGUGGCUCUGGCAUGAACUUCACCUCUGCCAUUAUCGCCAUUGAGGAGCUGGCGCGUGUCGACCCCAGCGUCAGUGUUAUGUGCGAUGUUCACAACACCUUGGUCAACACCGCCAUUCUGAAGUGGGGCUCUGAGCAACUGAAGAGAAAGUGGUUGCCCAAGCUUGCCACUAACACUGUUGGUUCCUUCUGUCUUUCGGAGCCGGUCUCCGGAUCCGAUGCCUUUGCUCUGGCCACGAAAGCCACGCGCACUGAGAACGGCUACAAAAUCAAUGGCAACAAGAUGUGGAUCACUAACAGCAAGGAGGCGAAUUUCUUCAUUGUGUUCGCCAACCUAGAUCCGAGCAGGAAGUACAAGGGCAUCACAGCUUUCAUCAUCGAGAAGGGAACCCCAGGCUUCUCCAUCGCGAAGAAGGAGAAGAAGCUCGGUAUCAAGGCCAGCAGCACCUGCGUGCUCAACUUCGAUGAUGUCGAGAUUCCAAAGGAGAACCUUCUUGGAAACGAAUUCGAAGGAUACAAGUACGCUAUUGGUCUCUUGAACGAGGGUCGAAUCGGUAUUGCCGCGCAGAUGACUGGAUUGUCCCUGGGUGCCUUUGAGAAUGCCGCUGGCUAUGCGUGGAAUGACCGCAAGCAGUUCGGCCAACUUAUCGGCGAGUUCCAGGGCAUGCAGCACCAGAUGGCACAGGCUUGGACCGAAAUCCAAGCUGCCCGUGCGCUUGUCUAUAACGCGGCCCGCAAGAAGGAGGCCGGCGAAGAUUUCGUCAUGGAUGCGGCCAUGGCUAAGCUCUACGCUUCGCAGGUUGCUGGCAAGGUCUCUAGCUUGGCUGUUGAGUGGAUGGGAGGUAUGGGUUUCGUCAGGGAAGGCCUUGCAGAGAAGUACUUCCGUGACAGCAAGAUCGGCGCCAUCUACGAGGGAACCAGCAACAUCCAGUUGACCACUAUCGCGAAGCACCUGCAGAAGACGUAUACCAAGUAAAAGUCGAGCGUUGUUUGUACCAUAGCAUAUGCACUAUCUGGAGUUCUUUGGGAUCCAGGCGUAUCCUGCAUUGACGUUUGUUGCGCUUGCUUGUACUUGUAUAGGUGCAAAUUUUGAGAAAGGCUAUUGGCUGCUCAUUCCGUAC